AGUUGUCACAAAGAGACCAAACACAUGGGAACAUGGAGAGAGACAGAAAACCUCCACAGGAAGGAAUGGAGGGGGACUGGCAGGAUGGAAGCUCCAGGAGCUGGUUCAAGGUCACAAUUCCAUUUGGCAUAAAAUAUGAUGAGAAGUGGCUGCUGGAUUUGAUCCAGAGCCAAUGCAGUGUCUCCUUCAACCCAAUUGAGUUUCACUAUGAGAAAAUGCAGGGCCAGUUCUUUGUGGAGAAUGCCAGCAUUGCCUUCGAGUUGAAGAAAGUCAGUGGCAAGAUUUGGGAUGAAGAAAAUGAAAGUAUAUCCAUCUUUGUCAGCCGCUCUGCCGUACCCCACUCUGUGCAGAAGGAUCUGAAGUCAGAAACGGUGAAAAUGCCAAAGAUAAUGCAGACUCAAGACAUGAUGUGCACCCACACCCAGAUCCACUGCGUGCUCCCUCACUGAUUACCUGGGUUCCACCUCAGCCUCAGAGUCACUGACCCCUGAUUCUGUCUG